CAUUGUUAUCGCCUCCAGUGUCGCCGUUGCACAAUUCCACACGAGAGUUGUGUCGUGUGCAACACGUGCCCUUACUUGAGUGGAGGGUGGAGGUCCUGGCGACAAUUUAAACCCGCCCACCACAACUUUCGGACUACACACUCACCAAUAUACCGACCACGCCGUGAUGGACGACGUUGACGUCGACUGGGGCCUCGACGAUGAUGGUUACGACGAUGACUGCCUUUCUGUCGGCGGAGACGAUGGUGCGUUGAACUCUGGAUUAGCUGACAUCAUAGAGGAACUCGCGGACGACACCAAAACAAACCCCAUGAAGCCACAGGAGGUCGCAUUGACAGAGGAGGCAAAGCGUAACGGUGAAAGGCGAAGCGAACAGAGGGGGACAGAAAACAAUGAGGAGAAAUACCUGGAAGACCGAGAGGAGAAGCUGGAGAAGCAUGUGGAGGAGAGUUCGACAACCAAGGAGAUGCGACCCGAGGGCAAACCAGAAUCCAUGUCCAACCCCACAUCCAGCAAAACGGCCUCUAAUCCUGCAGCCGUACAAACUCCUCGAUCCUAUCAACAGGCUGUCUCUCCUCCCCCGCCAAAGUCCAAGGCCAGCUCUCCGCCCCAGCGUUCGAUUUUGUCAGUGAGGGAUCGUCGCGCACCCUCACACGAAACUUCGCCCCAUGGUUUGCAAGCAGAGAGCCGCGAUGGUCCUAGGCGCCAGGAGCCGCGCAACGACAGCCAUCGCGAGUCAGAUAGGCGUGGCGGCAAAGCCCGCCCCGUCGAUGAGCGCCACGACAAAGCUCGUAUGGAUGACAAAACCCGGCGCACUGGGUGGGAACCGGACGAGCGUCGCGAGGUGAGGCUGGAACGCCACCGGGCAGCGUGGCGGGAGGAUGAAGUACGCUCCCUCCGCUCCUCAGAUGACGGAUAUCACCUCAAAGGCGCGUUCCAGCAGCCGCUGCACAAUAGCACCGACGGCUUGCCAGAGGGCUGGCGCAGGAUUGUACCCGAGAAGGCGUUUCGCGAGGGGAUUCCGAUCCCCGUGGCUCCACAGGGAGGCCCGGGGCCGUUCUUCUACCGGCAUGAGGAGACAGGGGUUGGGCAAUGGGAGAAGCCGAUGGGGAAAUCUGUGGACAAACCCACUGAGCAGGUGCAUGAGCCCAAUCCUACCGACCAGACAGGACAUGUGGACCGAAGCAAGGACAACCGUAGGAACGGAAGCGAGGAACCCAAGAGCGUAUCGAAGCAGAAUGACCCUCAAGAACGUGACCACAACCGGCCAACGGGGCACGUAGCCACAUCGGCCACCUAUUUCCGUACGUCCAGAGGAUCCAGCUCCAGGAGGAGUCGGCAGAGUCCAGGAUGGCGCUUACGCGCCUGCAGCCUCCAGCGGCGCGCCUACAGGUCCCAGAGCGGCGCGAGAUCGUGAGCGGCCACCGCGUACGGACUACGCACCGCGCGCCUCGCGCGUCGCUCACCACGAGCGCGACCUUCCCAAUCCGGAACGCCGUGAACCUUACCCCGAAACUCGCGACGACGGUGGUCGCAGCUACCGUAGGGUAGAUCGCGAGCGCGACCGCCGGGACGGCCAUCGCGAACAUGAACGCCGAGAAGAUCGGAGCGAAG